CAGAGCUGGGCCAGCGCGAGUCGCUUGUGCGCGUGCGCACUGGUACGGGAAGUCAACGCUGCAAGGACUAAGAACCGAGCGCGAUCCCUUGUGCCCCAGCAAUGGCGGGAGCGGUUUCGCUGUUGUGUGUGUUGUGGCUGCUGCUUGUGUCUGCGUUAGUCGGGGUUCUUGGAGAGUGCCCCAGCCGCCACCACACGGCACACCCAGGGCACUGCGCCCAGGUCGGCCCUGGGGCCACCGAACCCUGGCAGCGACUGCCGCCCAAGGACCAGCGCGAGCCUGCCCGGGCGCUACCUUGGGGGGCGCUAUACACCGCGGGCGUCGUGGCCUUUGUGCUUUACAAGUGUUUGCAGGGCAAAGAUGAGGUUGCAGUUCUCCAAGAAGAGAAAGGCAAGAAGGAAUCACUGCAGUCAGAGCAAGAGCUGGCCCAGCUGACACAACAGCUGGCUCAGACAGAGCAGCACCUGAACGUCCUGAUGGCCCAGCUGGACCCCCUUUUUGAGCAUGUGACUACUCUGGUUGGAACUGAGCGGGAGCUUUUGGACAAGAAACUACAGACCAUUCACCAGCUUCUCCAAGACUGCAAGCCAGAAAACAGUGUGGAGGCUCCAGAGUCAGAGGCCAGCAUACCUUUUCCUGAGGAUUUACGAAUAAAGGAGGAGGAGGAGGAGGAAGAGGAAGAGGCUGGUGACAGUCAGGCCUGGAAGGAACCUGUAAACUGGAACACACAGACAUGGAACCUAGCUACUUCCUGGCAACUAGAGCAAGGGGUAAGGAAAAGAUGCACCAAGCCUGUGACAAAGAGUCCCAGGCACAGCUCCAGCCAGGAAGGAAGGACAACCACUGAAGGUCUAGUAAAACCAAGUCUAUUCCUGUGACUGGAUGCUCCUGUGCACUAUUCCCUCCCAGUUGAUCAUACACCCAUACUAGGUGACUAAGGACAGCCAGGCCUCCUUGAAAAGCUUUCCUUAUUAGGACAAAAGCGGCUUCCUUCCAGAAUGAGAGCAGAGCAGACAGAGGGAGCUCCAGUUCUCUUCCUUGUAUUACUGAGGCUACCAGCCUUCACAACCCAGAAAUCCCUUUUCUCAUAGCUGAGACAGAACAGUCUUUCAAAAGAAAAAAAACAAAAACCAAAAAAACUUUAUUAAAAUCCAGUGGGAAAAUAAAUUAUAUCACAACAUAAAAAUAAAAAUAGUCACAAUUCCAAAGUUGCAAUCUUGAUAAACAACUGGUUAUAGACAGCAUGAGCGUAUGAGUCCCAAAGCCCCUCAUCUGUGUCACAGGGGCUGGUCCAGAUUAUUUAUAGUCAUUUGGGUCACAGUUGAUUUCCUAAUUCUUAAGAGCUGGUCUGAUGACCCAGAGUAGUUUGGCAAACACACAAUGACCCUUGUCAAGCUAGGAAAGGUCUCACUUUGUUUAGUGCUUUAGAAGAUCUGUACUGGCUCUGCCCUAUCCCUGAAGUGUCCUGAAUUCUGGAAUUUGUAAGGUUCUUCUAGUUCUUCUGGCUGCUAUGGAAAGAAAACAGUUCAGGCACUAGCAAGAGCACUCUUCAGACAUAGUCACGGGCAGGGUUGGGGCCGGUCACAGGCAGAUGUAGGAUCAAGCUAAUAUCAGACUUGCUCAUUUCUAGUCAUGGGACUUGCACAGCACUCUUCUGUGUGAAGACACAACUUACCUGAUAGCCAAAGCCAGACUCUGGUACCAGUGUGACAGCUCUUCCUGGUCUGUGGACAUAAGCAGUAGCUUCUCACGAGGGAAGGACAGCUAGAGAGAGACCACCACUUAGUGCAUAGCUUAGAAAAUUCCAGGCUAACCACACCCAACUCAUUGGAAUAUUUAAUGUGUUUCUAUCAGACAUCUUAUAGGUUUAAAUUUUUGUAUGCUUCUUGAUUUAUUUAGUAAUGUGGGGUUAUGUUCUUUUGGGGUUUCCUGUAUUAAGUUGUUACUUUUGUGUAUUUGUUCUUUCAUUGGCUCUGAUUUAAUAGAUGUCUAGGUUUU